UUGAAAAUCAACAAAAUCGCACAUCCCUGUCCCUAUUUUUUGUUCCUCGCCGGCGCUCACGAAGCCCUAGCUCCUCUCUUUCUUGUUAUAUAUAUAUAUAUAUAUAUCUUGUAUCCAUAAUAUCUCUGGUCUUUGUUGAUAAGCUGAGUUACUGAUCGAAAUCAAGAGAACAGGAUGACCUGCUGCCAUAUUGUAUUGGCGGACUUCAUGUUCAUCUGAAAAGUAUCAUGUGUAACUGCUGGUGAUUGGGGAAAUUUCAGACCUUUUCACAAACAAUGGAUCGUUGUGAUACUUCGGGGUUUGUGAGUGGGGGUGGGAUGUGCUCUUUCGGAGACAUCUAACCCUAGUUUUGUAGCUAAAUUUCCUUAAACCCGGAAGUCAGGCAGACUGUUCUUUAGCAACUGAGUUUUGGUUCAAAUAAGAGUGUUGCACUGUAGUUAUUUGGUCAUGGAUGCCAGAUUCGACAAUCUGGGUUUUGCUGCUAACCCGCAAUCAAAUGCAUUUAAGAAUCUGUGCAAUUCCAUCCAAAUCGGAGGAGCUGGAGCUGAAGUUGUGUAUUGUGCAGACACAACCCUACGACUUGAUUCACCUGGUUUUGCAAAUCCCUUCAUCUCUGCUCCAAAGGGAGUCAAACGGAAGUGGAGUUCUGUAGGUGGCCCUGUAAAUCAGCAAGCUAAAUCUUCACUAGGCCUCCACCUUGGCCAUUCAUCAAGCUCAUCAGACAGUAAAGGGAGUACAGCAACUGCAGGCACCUCGUUGUCUUCAGCUAAAGAAACUGAAGAAGAGUCCUCAAUGGAUCUAGAAUUGGACUUUACUCUCCAUCUUGGCAGUGAUAAAUCAUCAAGCAUGGAAAAAUCAGCCGACUCUAAUUUGAAAUCACAGAAUGUGUGGCCUAAGGUUGAUCUGCAAUUGAGCCUUUCCAGUGGGCCUGCUGUAUCUGAUAUUACAACUGUCCAUCCGAGCCCCAAUGUACCGGAAAAUGUUACCAAGAUGUUUACUGGAUAUGGAGGUCUGAAUACAGAUGAAGUAUCAACAGGAAGUCCCUUGUUGCCAUUGCAGACUGUACCCAACAUGGAAAACAUUUACUUUCUUGACCAGUCUCUGGGACAAAUCAAGCCAACAUCUCCAGGUCUCUCCUCGAGCACAGUAACAACACCAAAAAGCUCAGUCACCUGUACUUCCGGGAUAACAAAGUCACAACAGCAGCGUUGUAGCAGUACUAAACAGUGUCAGUUUCAGGGAUGUUUUAAGGGAGCAAGAGGGGCAUCUGGUCUUUGUAUUGCUCAUGGUGGUGGACGCAGGUGUCAGCGCCCUGGCUGCCACAAAGGAGCUGAGGGACGAACUGCAUUCUGCAAGGCGCAUGGUGGUGGUCGACGAUGUGAAUUUUUAGGAUGUACAAAGAGUGCCGAAGGACGUACAGAUUUCUGUAUUGCCCAUGGUGGUGGUCGGCGCUGCAGUAACGAAGGUUGCACCCGAGCUGCCAGAGGAAAAUCUGGGUUGUGCAUUCGACAUGGUGGUGGCAAGAGAUGCCAGAGAGAGAACUGCACAAAGAGUGCUGAAGGUCUUUCUGGUCUUUGCAUAUCUCAUGGAGGUGGUCGCCGAUGUCAGUAUCCUGAAUGCAAAAAGGGGGCCCAAGGAAGCACCAUGUUUUGCAAGGCUCACGGUGGUGGCAAACGUUGCACAUAUCCAGGGUGCAAUAAAGGUGCAGAAGGAAGCACCCCUUUCUGCAAAGGGCAUGGUGGAGGAAAACGAUGCUCGUUCCAAGGAGGUGGGGUUUGUCCAAAGAGUGUCCAUGGAGGGACCCUUUUUUGUGUAGCACAUGGGGGUGGAAAAAGAUGUGCUGUUCCAGAGUGUACAAAGAGUGCUAGGGGCCGUACUGACUUUUGUGUUCGUCAUGGUGGAGGCAAGAGAUGCAAAUUUGAAGGUUGUGGGAAAAGUGCUCAAGGAAGCACAGAUUUCUGCAAGGCUCAUGGAGGAGGGAAGAGAUGCUUGUGGGGUCACCCUGGUUCUGAAUUUGGCCAAGGUGAUGUACCUUGCAACACAUUUGCUCGGGGUAAAACUGGACUCUGCGCUUCUCAUGGUGCCCUGGUUCAGGAUAAAAGGGUUCAUGGUGGUGCAACUAUAGGAAUUGUCGUCCAGGAAUCUAAAGUCAAUCAACCUGUUAAGAUGAAUCCAAUCUUCACAGUCGAGGACAUGAAUGUUGAUAAUGCAAAAAUGGAGAACAGUGUUGUGACUUGCACCGGCAGUUGGGAUUAUUUUGGUGACCAGCCAGCUCAUCUGCCUGUUGGAAGCAACGCAUCAUUGGGUAAGGUCCCAGAAGGAAGGGUGCAUGGAGGGAAUCUGAUCGCAAUGUUUGCAGGCAGUCCUGUUAUCAAUGUUGCUUGCAGCGGAGACAUGGUUGGUCCACCAGAACCAGAAAAGGCUUUCACAACACACAAGACCUGGAUGUAAGACGGAAUUUCUAGCUUGUUUUCUAAUAUUAUCACUGAAGCACUGUUAUUAGACAUGUAAUUUUGUUGUUACAUUUCGUGUCGUCUAGUGGUUUGAAUAUGAAAAACUCUGUUGUUAUGUGUUUGACAUUGUUGCAACUUAGGCACAUGUUGGCAAUCACGGCACCUUGGAACUGUUUGUGUGUGGCUUGUUCCUGUAUUAUUUAUGUAAAUAGUUAUUGUUGUUUUCUAUUGGUUUCGUGGCCAGUGUUGGGUCAAAACAGAUA